AUGGUUCAAAUCCAAUCCGAAGUGUCUCUUGCCAGUGCAACGGGACCAGAACAGAAGAAAGUCAUCUCACGCAAGUCGACUCUGGACGAAGAUGUUGAUCAUGGAGCCGAAACAGACCUUCAUCGGUCGCUAUCGACUCGUCAUUUGACCAUGAUCGCGUUGGGCUCGGCCAUUGGCAUGGGGUUGUGGUUGGGCAGUGGAACAUCUCUGCAGAAAGGAGGGCCGGCUGCUCUAGUAAUCGGGUACGUGCUGAGUGGUACCAUGGUGUGGGCGGUCAGUCAGUCUAUCGGAGAGAUGGCUGUUCUAUAUCCUCUGCCAUCGGCCUUCGUUCAAUGGGCACAGAUAUUCAUUGACCCUGCAGUCGCCUUCACACUGGGGUGGGCAUAUUGGAUCCAAUACUUCAUCACAGUGGCCAACGAGCUACAGGGGUUUGUCACCACCCUCAACUUCUGGACCGACAAAGUCCCUACUCCGGCGGCCAUCAUCAUAGCGUGGGCCAUCAUCGUCUUCAUCAACGUCUGGGCCGUCCGGUUCUUUGGUGAGGUAGAGGUCUGUUCCUCCGCCAUCAAGUUCUUUUGGAUUAUCGUCGUGAUCAUAUCCUUGAUCGUUAUUUCCGCUGGAGGGAGCCCUGGUGAAGGUCCCAUUGGCUUCCGCUAUUGGAACAUCGCCCCGUUCACCAACGGCUUCAAAGGGUUUCUGUCCGUACUCCCCAUUUGCAUCUUCGCCAUGUCUGGAUCGGAGAACAUUGCUCUGGUGGCCGCGGAGACGUCUCAGCCCCGCACCGCCGUGCCCAAAGCAGUGAAUUCCAUCUGGCUCCGUCUCUCUCUGUUCUAUAUCCUCGGGUCCCUGGCCGUGACGAUCAACGUGGACCCCCAAAACCCGGAUCUCUUCGGCAACUCCGGGUCCAACGCCUCACCGUUCGUGCUGGCGUACAAGUCGGCCGGCCUGAUGCCGUUGGCCCACAUGAUGAACGCCGUCAUCAUGAUCUCCGUUCUUUCCACCGGCAGCAUCUCCGCCUACGCCGGGGCCAGGACCCUGAUGGGCCUGGCACAUAUCAACAUGGCUCCCAAGAUCUUCGGACGUGCCGACGACGACGGUCGUCCCUGGGCGGGAGUCCUCAGCACGUUGAUCAUCGGCGGGGGCAUCUCCUUCCUCAACGUCAGCAGCAGCGGGGCCGAAGUGUUCACGUGGUUCUCCAACCUCACCUCGCUCUUCGUGCUGUUCGGCUGGGGCAUCAUCUGCCUCUCCCAUAUCCGCAUGAGAUACGCCUGGGUGGCGCAGGGGCGGCCCUUGUCGAGUCUGGCCUGGCGGAGUCGAUGGUUCCCCUUCUCCGCCUACUGGGGCCUCGUCUGGUGUGUCGUUCUGAUGGGGCUAGAGUUCUACCUCAGCGUCUGGCCCCUGCACGAGGCCUCCAGCGUCAGCAACUUCUUCGCCAACUACGUGAGCGUCGUGGCGGUUAUCGUCAUCUAUGCGGCGGCCAAGCUCUUCUACCGGACCCCGUUCUGGAUCGAGGGGACCAAAGUCGACCUGGAUUCGAUGCGGCGGUUCUAUCGCACGGACACGGGAGCGGGGCGCCCUACUCGGGACAAGAAGUGGAGACUGUCGAACAUGUUGAGUGCUUUGGUGGAUUAAAAGGGACAUAUAUACAUCUUUUCACAUUACGCACAGGGUCAAGGAAAGAAAGAGUUACGGCGAGGAGGAUAAACGGGGGGCACCGGGCGUAUACAAUCGCGUUG